ACACCAACAAUGAUCAACCCACAAACACUGAGGGAAAACACAGGGCUUAAAUGAACGGGGACUGAUGGGAAAAUUAACUAGGUGACAGGAAUUACUAAUGAGACUGCAUGAGCGAGAAACUAACAGGACUGAACCAAAAUCACAAAGAUAGGGGAAAACAAGAUUACAAAACAGAACUCAAACACAUAGAAACCGUGACACUACCUAUUAGUUCAAUAAUAAAAAAAUAGUAUUCUUAAAAAAUAUAUAACUGUUGCUUUAACUGUAAUCUACUGUGCAUUUACAGCAUGAUUUACACCAACAACACUGGAUUGUUUCCUGGUUUUUGACAGUCUCCACUCCAAGACCAGAAGAAGCCACUCCUACUUUAUCUCUGUUGAACUGGUUUUAUGGGUAUUGCCCUGAGAAAAUGGCUUUCAUGGAAGCAUUUCUUCAGGUUUCCAGCACAGGAACAUUAAUAUGUUGCUUGCUUCUGCUCUUGGUUGUUUAUCUCCUAUUCUUCAGGUCUCAGAGAGAUGAAAAUGAACCUCCGGGGCCAAAACCGUUGCCACUUUUGGGAAAUCUGCCAAUGUUGGAUAUCAACAAACCACACUUGAGCCUAUUUGAGAUGGCAAAGCAGUUCGGACCAGUUUUCACAGUCUACUUUGGUCCAAAAAAAGUGGUUGUGCUAGCUGGCUACAAAACAGUGAAGCAAGCUCUUGUUAAUCAUGCAGAUGAAUUUGGAGACCGAGAAAUCACGCCACUGUUCCAUGAUUUCACUAAAGGUUAUGGAAUUAUAUUUGCCAAUGGAGAGAGCUGGAAAGAGAUGAGACGGUUUGCUCUCACCAAUUUACGAGACUUCGGGAUGGGGAAGAGACAAAUUGAGGAGAAAAUCGUACAGGAAACAUGCCAUUUACGAGAUGAAUUUGAGAAGUUUGAAGGAAAACCUUUUGAAACCACACAGUUGAUUAACUACGCUGCCUCAAGUGUCAUUUCUGCCAUUGUGUAUGGCCGUAGAUUUGAGUAUACAGACCCUCACCUGCGGAGAAUGGUGGAUCGAGCCAAUGAGAGCGUCAGACUGAGUGGAACGGCAUCCGUGCAGCUCUACAACAUGUUCCCUUUCUUGGGUUCAUGGAUCAAGAAUUGGAGACACCUCAUGAAAAACCUUGAGCUUGAUAUCAAAGAGAUAUCAGAGCUGGUGAGCAGUUUAAGUCAAUCGCUGAACCCACAGGACCUCAGAGGCGUUGUCGAUUCGUUCCUCAUCCGCAAGCAGACCGCAGAAGAAUCUGGAGAGAAGAACUCACUUUUCCACAAGCAGAACAUCAUUUACACAAUCGGCAACCUGUUCAUCGCUGGUACGGACACCACUAGUACAACAGUGCGCUGGAGCUUGCUGCUUAUGGCCAAAUAUCCACAUAUACAGGAUCGCGUUCAAGAGGAGAUUGAUCAGAUGAUUGGUGGACGGCAACCGGUUACAGAGGACAGGAAGAACUUACCGUAUACAGACGCUGUGAUCCAUGAAACCCAGAGACUAGCCAACAUUGUACCGAUGAGUCUCCCUCAUAUGACCAGCUGUGAUGUUCACUUCAAUGGAUACUUCAUCAAGAAGGGCACAUGCAUAUUUCCUCUUCUAACGUCUGUAUUGUGGGAUGAAGAUGAAUGGGAAACACCCCACACCUUUAACCCUGAACACUUCCUGGACGAGCGUGGUCGAUUUGUCAAGAGAGACGCCUUCCUGCCCUUCUCUGCAGGCCGCAGGGCUUGUCCUGGAGAGAGUUUGGCCAGGAUGGAGCUCUUCCUGUUCUUCACGUCCCUCCUUCAGCAUUUCCGCUUUACUCCUCCUCCUGGAGUAUCUGAAGAUGAUCUGGAUCUCACACCAGCGGUGGGCUUCACCCUGAACCCAGCCUCACACAAACUGUGCGCAGUGAAACGCUUGUGAAAUCUGUUCAUUCUGUUAACAGUAAAGUUGAUAGUUUUCAAUCAGAAACAGCA